AUGGUGCACCUGCAGCCUCUGCCCCUCGUCGUGGUCCAGGGCGUCCUCCAGCUCGUAUUUUGUGAUGCCAAUCAAGUUGUACAAGCCACAGACGUGCUAGACUGGGAAGACAAGGAUGCUGCAGAGACAUUGGUUGACAACGUGGUCCACUCCAGGAUCCUCAACCCUUUGCGCCUCUUUGUUAAGCCAUCCCCAGUACUGAAAAACGGGCAGGUGUCCUACACAGACAGCAUAGAAAACUUUUGGGAUUGGUUGUCCAACAUCACGGAGGUUCAGGAAUCCCUUGCACGAACUAAACGCAGACCCAUAGUAAAAACUGGGAAAUUCAAGAAAAUGUUUGGAUGGGGGGACUUCCACUCCAACAUCAAAACUGUAAAGCUGAAUCUUCUGAUCACAGGGAAAAUCGUGGAUCACGGCAAUGGGACCUUCAGUGUUUAUUUCCGACAUAACUCCACGGGCUUGGGAAAUGUUUCUGUGAGCCUGGUGCCCCCUUCCAAGGUGGUUGAGUUUGAAUCAUCUCCACAGUCAACACUGGAGACCAAGGAAUCCAAGUCCUUCAACUGCCGCAUCGAGUACGAAAAAACAGACCGCGCCAAAAAAACUGCCUUGUGCAACUUUGACCCUUCAAAGAUCUGCUACCAAGAGCAGACUCAAAGCCAUGUCUCCUGGUUGUGUUCCAAACCAUUUAAGGUUAUCUGCAUUUACAUUGCUUUCUACAGCGUAGAUUACAAACUGGUGCAGAAGGUCUGUCCUGAUUAUAAUUACCAUAGCGAGACUCCGUACUUGUCCUCUGGCUGA